UGACCCAUCUAGUAGUGACACAGUGGGCGUCCAUCCGGUGACAGUCAGAAAUGAUGAAUUCUAUAGGCAAAGGGCUGAUCGGAGGGGUGAGGGGGUACAGUGCCCUGGCAGCGGGCAGAGGACUGGUCUUCAGACAGUUGUUUGAGCCUGUCAGCUGUACGUACACCUACCUGCUCGCUGAUGCAGAAACCAAAGAAGCCGUCCUGAUCGACCCCGUGCUGGAGACUGCGAACCGGGAUGCGAAGCUGGUCAAAGAUCUUGGCCUUAAUAUGGUCUAUGCAGUCAACACUCACUGCCACGCGGAUCAUAUCACUGGGACGGGGGUUUUGAAGAAGCUUCUUCCGGGGUGUAAGAGCGUCAUCUCUAAGGACAGUGGAGCGGUGGCGGACAUUCACAUACAGGAGGGAGACCUCAUCAAAUUCGGCAAAUAUUCUCUGGAGGCGCGGGCCACUCCGGGGCACACAGAUGGCUGCCUCACGUAUGUUCUCAAUGAUAAAAGCUUGGCCUUCACCGGUGACGCCCUACUCAUCAGGGGCUGCGGGCGCACAGACUUCCAGCAAGGCUGCCCCAAAGCUUUGUAUCAGGCUGUUCACAGCAAGAUCUUCACCCUGCCCGACAGCUGCCACCUGUACCCAGCUCAUGACUAUACUGGUCAGACGGUGACAACCGUCGAGGAGGAGAAACGUCUGAACCCCCGACUGACCAAGACUGAAGCGGAAUUUGUGGAAAUCAUGAAUAACCUGAACCUGCCAAGGCCUGGACAGAUAGACAUCGCAGUCCCAGCAAACUUGAAGUGCGGCAUCCAGGAUGACUGAUGACAUCAUCGCGCCAAUGCCCGUCCAAUAAUUUUAUGUCCUUUCCUGAAGAAUCUGAAGAUCUUGGUUCCUGAUGGUUUUUACUGUACGACAAUGUCGCGCUCUGUUACGUAAAUGCAAACGCUGGGAUAUCGGGGGGAGGCCAGGAAAUGAAAUAUACCUCAUCUGUUGGCUAUAUACCUCAUCUCUGAAUGUUCUGGAGACCUGAUAAAAUUUUGAUUAUUUUGUGUAUCUCCUGUAAUUACUUUUUUCCAUAUCGGGGCACGUUUCAUGGCGGUGUAAAUACCACAGGGGAAUGUAAAAUGUGUUAUAUAGAUACAGGGCUAAACAAAAGCUCUGUCCCAGUAGAAAGAAAGCCUAUGAUUCCGCAAACUACAGAUUGGUUAGAUCAGCCCUGAAACACUCUGUGCUGCAGGAGAUUUCCCUGGUCUUCACCUCCACACCUUCAUAACAGUAUUUCCCAGCCAGUGUGCCUCCAGCUGUUGCAGCCUUCGGCUGUCUGGGCAUGCUGGGAGUUGUAGUUUUGUAACAGAUCGAGGCACCCUGGUUGGGAAGCACUGCCUUAUAAGCUACAAAAUAGCCAAAACUCCUAUAUCUUUAAAAUAUGUUCUUUAUUAUGCCAAUUAAAAAAAAGUUAAAUAAGAAAGGUCAACAAAAUAAUAGUUACACUGAGGAUUAGAGGUCGUGAUAUGAGGACGGGAUAUGAGGUCAUGAUAUGAGGACAAGAUAGGAGGAAGGGAAAUGAGGACAGGUUAUGAGAUCGAGGACAUGAUAUGAGGUCGAGAUAUGAGGUCGAGAUAUGAGGAAGGGUUAUGAGAUCUAGGACAUGAGGACAUGAUAUGAGGACAAGAUAUGAGGACAAGAUAUGAGGUCGUCAUAUGAGGACAGGUUAUGAGGUCGAGAUAUGAGGUUGAGGUAUGAAGACAGAAUAUGAGGAGGGGAUAUGAGGUCAAGAAUUGAGGAUGGGAUAUGAGGACAUGAUAUGAAGAUGGGUAAUGAGGUUGAGACAUGAGCAUGAGAUAUGAGGUUAUGAGCAUGAGGACAUAAUAUGAGGUUGGGAUAUGAGGACAUGAUAUGAGGACGGGAUGUGAGGACAUGAUAUGAGGACAUGAUAUGAGGACGGGAUAUGAGGACAUGAUAUGAGGACAUGAUAUGAGGACAUGAUAUGAGGACAUGAUAUGAGGAAGGGAUACGAGAUCAGAGAUAUGAGGUCAUCAUAUGAGGACAGAAUAUGAGGAGGGGAUAUGAGGACAGGUUAUGAGAUCAAGGAUAUGAGGUCAAGAAUUGAGGUUGGUAUAUGAGCACAUGAUAUGAAGACAUGAUAUGAGGUCGGGAUAUGAAGAUGGGUUAUGAGGUGAAGUCGAGAUAUGAGGAUGAGAUAUGAAGAAGGGAUAUGAGGACGAAAGUGCCCUUUUUUCUUCUCCCACACGGCUUAGGAAGGAAAUUACUAAAUAUGUUUAGGGGGCUCCCUACUUAAAAAACAAAAAAAAACACAACACUGUGCAGUCUGGCCUCCUGAUUGAGGCGCCCGAUAAAUCUGAACUAUUCUAUAUAGUGUAUUCAUGUACAUAUGUCCCAGCAUAACUUCCCAAUGGCUGGAGAUAUUUUGAUUAAACUUGGUCACAUGUUAGUUAAUGUAAAAAAA